AUGUUGAAGAGCAACCAGCCACACGACGACGAAGAAGCCGAUGCCCAUGGACGCACGAGAACCGACGCGGAAGCCGAAGACGAGCCGAAGGAUCGAGGCCUUGUCAUUGGGCCAGCUCUCGCCGCUGCUGGCGACGAUCGACGAGCUGCUCAGUCUCUUGACCUGGACCCACCCGGCCGGCCACCGGGCACCCAUCCUGCUGCUGCUCAUCCUCGCCGCAUUCUCGCUGCUCAUCCGUCCGGCGACCGGCUUCGACCUGCUCCUCCUCCCACUCGCUUCCUCCGCCCUCUUGGCCCUCAAACAUCACCGUCGUCUCCGCCUCCUUCCCCCUCACAUUCGCCGACUGGCUUCCCUGCAUCUCGCCAAUCGGAUCGCUCUCGGAUUCCUCAACCUGGCCCUCUAUCUCUCUAUCUCCUCUCGUUCUUUGUUUAG